GUAAAUGUCACAGUCUCGCGAGAUCAGACGUGCCGUCUGAUUGGCUGUCCGACAAGAGCCAAUGAAGUGGACUGUAAUGGUGCUACAGGAUGUUUAAAUACCGAUUCAGGGCUGCGUAUUGACUUUUGUGUUUUUAAAUCGGGACUAUAAGGGUGCAGCAAUGGCAACCCCUUCAAACCAACCGUGGCAGGCGCUUCAAGUGGGCCAUUGAAUUUGGAAGUGGUGGAAGCAGGGGUCGUGGUGAAAGGGGACAGCAAGACAGCAUGUAUCCUGUAGGGCAGAGGUCCCCAACCUUUUUUUACCCGUGAGUAACAUGCAGAUGUACAAGGAGUUCGGGAGCAACCCAAGAAUGAAUAAUGUUCCUGGAGGUGCCAAAUAAGGGCUGUAAUUGGCCGUUUGGUAGCCCCUAUGAGGACUGGCAGCCUACAGAAGGCUCUGUUUGGCAGUACACCUGGUUUUUACACAACCAAAACUUGCCUCCAAGCCUGGAAUUCAAAAACAAGCUCUUGCUUUGAGGCCACUGGGAGCAACAUCCAAGGGGUUGGAGAGCAACAUGUUGCUCACGAGCCACUGGUUGGGGAUCACUGCUGGAGGGUAUUCAGACACUAGUGUUCAAGAGUCUGACCACAUCCUGGUGGAGAAGCGAUGCUGGGACAUUGCUUUGGGUCCACUUAAACAGAUUCCCAUGAACCUGUUUAUCAUGUACAUGGCAGGGAACACAAUCUCUAUUUUCCCCAUUAUGAUGGUUUGUAUGAUGGCAUGGAGGCCAAUCCAGGCACUACUUGCAACACCAGCCACCUUUAAGCUCUUGGAAAGUUCUGGUCAACGUUUCCUCCAGGGUUUGGUGUAUCUGAUUGGGAACCUCUUGGGUUUGGCAUUAGCUGUCUACAAGUGCCAAUCAAUGGGCCUUUUGCCAACACAUGCAUCUGAUUGGUUAGCCUUUAUUGAACCACCAGAGAGAAUGGAGAAUACAGGAGGAGGAUUCUUACUGUGAAACUGGAUAUUCAAAAGAAAUGUCAACUCCAGCUAUCACGUCAAAACAGAAUAACCCUACUGCUGUAAAUCCCACUGUUGUCUUUUAAUAAAUUUUUAUACCUUAUAAA